AUGGUGAAUGCUUACUGUAGAUUAGGCAAUGUGGGUGACGCUAAUGUGAAAAAAGAUGUGGAUAGUGCUUUUAGGACUUUUAGGGUGAUGCCCGACAAGGGUUGUGCAAGAGAUGUGGUUUCGUAUAAUGUGUUGAUUCAUGGGUUAUGUGAGGCUGGGAGGAGUGGCGAGGCAUUUGAGUUGUUUGGUAAUAUGGAGAAGGAUGAGUGUGUACCAGAUGCGCCGACUUAUAAUGUUCUUGUUCAUGCUUUGUGUAGAGGGGGGAGGAGGUUAGAAGGGAUGAAUUUGUUUAAGGAGAUGAAGGAGAAGGGGUGUGAGCCUAGUGUAAAUACUUAUAAUGUGCUUAUUACUAGCCUGUGUGACGAAAAUAAGGUUGAGUAUGCUAGAAAGGUUCUGGACCUGAUGUCGAAGAAAGGGUUGGUUCCAGAUGUCGUCACGUACAAUGCAUUGAUUGAUGGGUAUUGCAAGGAUGGUGCGGUUGAGGUUGCGUUUGAGAUUCUGGGUUUGAUGGAAUCUAGCAAGUGUCGUCCGAAUGCUCGCACGUUUACUGAAUUGAUUCAUGGGUUUUGUAAAAGGAAUAAUGUGCACCAAGCGAUGGCGCUUCUUGAUAGGAUGCUUGAAAUGAAGCUGUCACCAGACCGGAUUACAUAUAAUUCGUUGAUCAAUGGGCAGUGUAAAGCAGGUCAUGUAGAUAGUGCUUAUAGGUUGCUCAAUUUGAUGAAACAUAGUAGUUUAGUUCCUGACCAGUGGACUUACAGUGUUAUCAUCGACAGUCUCUGUAAGUUAGGGAGAUUAGAAGAAGCUCAAGUCCUCUUUGAUUCCCUCAAGGAGAAAGGCAUCAAGUCUAAUGAGGUGAUAUUUACUGCUUUACUUGAUGGUUACUGCAAGGUUGGGAAAAUCGAUGAUGCUCGCACUUUAUUUGAUAGAAUGUGUGCUGAGGGUUGUUUCCCAAACUCAUAUACUUACUGUGCGUUCCUAGGUGGGCUGUGCAAGGAAGGAAAAACAAAGGAAGCAUUAUCAGUGGUGGAACAGAUGUUAAGUGCUGGUGUGAAGCCUACAGUCCACACGUGUAACAUUCUAAUUAACCAUGUGCUGAAAGAAGGGGAUUUCAACCAUGCUCAGAGGUUUCUAAAUGAAUUUGUUUCUCUUGGUUACCGACCUGAUGCAGUUAUGUACGGUACAUUUGUUCAUGCAUACUGCAGCAUAGGUAAUAUUAAAGAAGCAGAGAAGGUAAUGAUUAAGAUGGAUGGAGAAGGAGUUUCUGCAGAUUCAUUGACUUAUGCAUUUUUGAUCGAGGCAUAUCUCCGUUUGGGAUUAGUAGAGUCUGCAUUUGAUGUCUUUAGGCGCAUGUUUGAUGCUCAUUGCAACCCUUGUCAUCGCAUCUAUUCAUUACUAAUCAAACACCUGUCAAAUGAAAAGUUGCUGAAGAGCAACGAUAAUGUAGUAGGACUUCAUAUGGUUUCAAGUGUACCAUCAGCUGAUAUAUGGAAGACAGUGGAUUUUGAAAUUGGUUUAGAGCUCCUUGAGAAGAUGGAUGAACAUGGUUGUGCGCCGAAUAUGAACACUUACAGCGAGCUCAUAGUAGCAUUUUGCAGAGUUAGGAACUUGGAAGUAGCCCGUAAGUUGUAUGCUCAUAUGAGAGAUAACAGCAUUUCUCCCAGUGAGGAUAUUUGUAAUUCUCUUCUUAAAUGUUGCUGCGAGUUGAAAGUGUAUGGAGAAGCCGCCAUUCUGGUGGACACUAUGAUACAGCUCGGUUAUUUACCAGCAUUGGAGUUCUGCAAAUUGCUUGUAUGUGGACUUUUUGAAGAAGAGAACAACGAGAAGGCAAAAUCUGUUUUUUGCAGAAUACUUUGUUGCGCAUAUAACUACGAUGAAGUAGCUUGGAAAGUUCUUCUUGAAGGUUUACUUAAAAGAGGUCAUAUCAACAGAUGCUCUGAGAUGGUAACCGUCAUCGAGCAUAUGGGUUACAAACUUCAUCCUGAGACCUAUUCAAUGUUGAUCGAGGGAUUUGAUGGAAUAUAAACAUACUGAUCUUCAAUGUUGUCUCACCUGUAUAUCUUUUAAUCAGCUCGGAAGAGUGGAUCAUAGAUUAACAUAGAUUUU